AUGUCUAAUCAGACUCCUUAUAUUGGGAGUAAAAUAAGUCUGAUAUCGAAACUCGAUAUCCGCUAUGAAGGAAUACUCUACACUGUUGACACAAACGACUCCACGAUCGCUUUAGCUAAGGUGCGGUCAUUUGGUACGGAAGACCGUCCAACGCCGAAUCCUGUCGAGGCACGUGACGAUGUUUAUGAGUACAUCAUAUUCAAAGCGAACGACAUAAAGGAUCUUAUUGUAUGUGAAACGCCAAAGGUUGCAACACUCGCGGGUGGGCUUCCUUACGACCCAGCUAUAAUAUCCGUGUCCGCUCGGACAGGAUCUGCUUCUGCCAACGAACAGCAGGCUUCCGCCGGCUCUUCUCGCUCGGAUACACCGCAUCAUCGAACUAGCCCGAAUUUAGCUCAAGGCAAUCGAGCGCCAGGUGCUGGUCGAAAUGCAGCGGCUCGUACGAAUCGCGGAAACUUUGCGCAAUCC